UUACAUUUGCUCAAAAGAGAUUUUAGGAGGUUUCCAUCAUUGGCGUUGGCAGGCUUGCGUUAUUAUAAGUUGUGAAUUGUAUUUAAGACAUUUCUGCAUAUGGUUCUUUCCUGAGUUAGAGCUGCUUAAAUACAUUAAUCCAAAAUGUCUCAAAUAAUGGACAGACUGCAAGUACUCAGCCAAAUUGAGAAUGACGUGAUUUCCUGCAUGCAAAGUGCCGGACAAGCUUUGAUGGAGCUGAGUAAAGAAAAGUCAAGUGUCAAACAGGCAGAAACUCAAACGCAGCAAUUUCUUAAAACGCUCAACAGUUUGGAGUCAAAGCUGUCAGACCAAAUAAGCUAUCUCACACAAGUUUCCACCGGUCAGCCACACGAAGGCUCUGGUUAUGCUUCAGCAAAAGUUCUGCAAAUGGCUUGGCAUCGGCUUGAGCAUGUUCGCAGCAGGAUCAACAACUUGGAAAAGAUCAAGAAUAAGCAUCUUGUUGGCAGCAGGCCUUCAUCUAUGGCUAGAGCAGUUUCUCAGCAGCAACCCAUCACAAUCCCAAGCGGAAGCAGCACCCCUGUCUCUACCGGGGCACCUCCGACCCCAACCCAACCUCCCUCAUUGGGGCCUCCCAACAGCAACUGACAAUGGGAAUGAAGAUACUGUGAAAGAACUGCUUUGUUUGGAAGCUGCAAUCAUUACUAAUUAACGCAGGAAUUUCACUCUAAAUAUGAUUCAUUCUUAGUGUGGUAAUUUUACCAUUAAUAAUUCGAUCAAUAUAAUAUUAUUCCAUAGCAGAGGCGCAAUAAUUGCUUUUGUACUUUUGAUGUCUUACUCUUUCUCGGUACCACCAGUCUGAUAAAACUGCUGAAUUUUCUGUUUAAUAGUAUCCUUGAGUUUCCUGAUGAUAUUUUGUAAUUUGAUAGAUCAGUUAAAAAUAAACCUGUUUCCGCUUUGUAAGAAAUUUAAAUUUUAUUGAGUUAAAAACCAACACCAUUUUAUUCACAUAUUACCAUAGUAAGGAAUGUAUGCUUUACAAUUUAGACCCAGUUUUAACAGUAAAAUACAACAACCAUAUCACUCGUGUGCUUAAAAAUAAUUAAUUUUGAACAGUGGAGCCUACAGCUUGUAUGUACAAAUUUUUUCUUUGUAGUAGUUAUUUGGUUUAUCUUCGCGCAGAAUAAAUAUUUUUUACAAAGAG